AUGUCCGUCGAAGUGAUCACGACGAUCUCGCCCACGACCGAUGAGCCGAUCCUCACUCGCAAUGGCAUCUCGCCGCAGGAACUCGAGCAGCUCCCGGAUAUCGCCACGCAGUCAUUCAAUUCGUGGCAUAAGACGACCCUGAAACAGCGGCAGGAUAUCAUCAAGGGGGCGCUUAGACUACUCGACGAGAGGAAAGAUGAGCUCGCCACGGAGCUCACCGUCCAGAUAGGCCGACCCAUCGCUUACACGGCCAAGGAAGUCUCCACUGCUUUAAAAAGAGCAGAAUACCUCCUUAAGAUCAGCGACGAGGUCCUCCAGGACACACCAGGAGAGGCAGAGAAGGGCUUCAAGAGGUUUAUUCGCAAGGUGCCUGUUGGACCAGUCCUCAUCAUCUUUGCGUGGAAUUAUCCGUAUCUGAUUCUCGUAAACGCCUUGAUACCGGCAUUGCUGUGCGGGAACUCUGUCAUUCUCAAGCCAUCUCCACAAACGCCCACCGUGGUCGAGCAGGUGGCCAAGGCCUUCACUGACGCCGGUCUGCCUCAUGGCGUCAUCCAAUACUUCCACUCCGGUUCGCCCAUGAUCAUCGAAUCGAUCGUCAGGAAUCCAAAGAUUGCUCUGAUCUGCUUCACUGGCUCGGUAGCUGGCGGUCUGGCCAUACAAGGGGCAGCAUCGACCCGCAUCGUCAAUGUCGGGUUGGAGCUGGGAGGCAAGGAUCCGGCCUACGUUCGCGGAGAUGUUGACAUCGCCUGGGCGGCCGAGGAGAUCGUCGACGGCGCCGUGUUCAACUCGGGUCAGAGCUGCUGCUCGAUAGAGCGUGUCUAUGUUGAUGAGAAGAUCCACGAUGAAUUCGUCUCGGCAGUGCAGAACGUCCUCAAGGGAUACAAGCUUGGAGACCCUCUCGACAAGAACACGCACCUGGGCCCAGUCAUCUCAAAGCGCUCGAAAGAGACGAUCCAGGCGCAUAUCAAGGAUGCACUGGACAAGGGCGCUGUCAAUGCUACCCCAGCAAACGAAACGUUUGACAGUCUCCCCGAAAGGGGGAACUUCGUUGCUCCAACGCUGCUCACAAACGUCAACCAUAGUAUGACGGUCAUGAAGGAUGAGACGUUCGGACCCGUCAUCCCGGUAAUGAAGGUGAAGAGUGAUGAGGAGGCGGUGGAAUUGAUGAACGACAGCGAGUUUGGGUUGACGGCCAGUAUUUGGACGAAAGAUACUGAGAAGGGCUAUGAGUUGUGUGAGGCCGUUGAGGCAGGCACCGUCUUCGUCAACCGCUGCGAUUUCCCAAGCCCUGACCUCGCAUGGACUGGCUGGAAGAACUCCGGAAAGGGUGUCACCCUGAGCAGAUAUGGGUUUGACCAAUUCGUCAAGCUGAAGAGCUAUCAUUUGAAGGAUUACCCUAAAUAG